AUGGGAAAUGAACAAAGUGCCUCCUCAUCUGGACCACCCUCCACAUCCAAUCCUCCGAAUCAGCAAUCGUCCUUUUCAUUCUUAACUCGAUCCAGUACAAAACGUUCAAAAGGCAUCGUCACAGUAAAAGAUGGCAAUAUUCCACAAGAGAAAUUAGAAGAUGAUGAAAUUUACAAGCGGUUCUCUGAAAUACCACGUUUCUUACCGGUAAUUCCAGCAGUCAUCGGCAAACGAGAUUCUCAAUCAAAUCAAGGUGCUUCUUACACCCAUCAAAAAAUUAGUUCGCGACCAUUUUUCCGCCUUGCCACUCGUCUACAAGAACAUUUCGCUUUAAAUGCGAAAGCAGUAGCAGCGGAUCAAGCAAAAAUUCCUGCGAAUUGUAAAAGUGUAGAAGCAAAAAUGAUUCGACUGAUCGAAGAAACAAGAGCUCAUAAAUCUCAACACGACGGGUUUGUAGCUGCUUUAACUGGUCUCAACAAAUUACACGAUGACAUCUGUAGAAUCCAGAUACUUCUUGAAAAUAUAGUACCAAUGGUAGAAACGCUUAACGAGAUACUUAUCCCAGAAGACCGUCUCCCACCGUUAAAUCUUGGAUCAGUUCUCGAUCGUUCGCCCGUUUGCAGCAGUGACAGUUCACUUCAAAGUACACCUCGUCAUAUUCCACACCCGAUACUGACUGGUGAAAUAGAACGCAUAGAGGAAAUUCGUGUUGUCGAUCUCUGUGACUAA